AUGGACCACAAAUCCAUCUCAACGGGAUGUUUCCCAAUAUCUCUCCCCAAAGCCCUCUUCCUUAUUGGUGCCCUAGUUUACCUCCAACUGCUCUACUUAAUCUCCUUCAUCGUGCGACCACUUUCAAAUUCACGCCAUGAAUUCCCGCCAUUCAAACAGCCCAUCCAUCGUGUCGAAGCAGCAAUCAUCAAUUCCAUCAUCGGCGCCGUCCCACUGUCAGCAUACGGCUCCGCCACAGCAACAGUGCAACAGUCGCGCCUCUUCCAUGGAAACGGACUACUAGACCAAACGGAUGGCCGCAAUUCUACCUGUCUUCCUCCUUCCUGGCUACGGGCUAUGCCACCUGAUCCUUACAGGUUCUGUAUCGACGGACCCGAUCAUCCAACUCUACCUCCCCAGACCCAUCCACGACCUGGCUCCUCAGUCUACGAUACCCUGUGUAAGAUUGGCUCCAGCACACGUGGAAGCAUCUCCUCAAUCGCCAGCUCGGCAAUUGGACGUAUAUUCCGUCACCCAGCCCCAACCGCGGCAUCUCAGCCAGUGUCUAGUAUCGCGCUGAACCAGAAUCUGUAUGGUCCACACUCGGACAUCGAAGAACAGAUGCCCCAAGAACAUUCGAUCCUGCCUGUGAAAAACUCGAACCCAUUCCUGGAAGUGAAUAUGUCUUGCCCGGUAUCUACAUCUGCGCCUGCUCGCAUCGUUGAUCAUUUUAGCGAUCCAGGUCCGACGCUGGGUAUGAGCUCGGGUGGGAGAUGGAAGGGCAAGGGUAGGGCUGUACAGCCUGCUUCUUCUCUUGUUCCCGUUCUAUUUGGCCAACUGGAUGAUGCGGAUUUGGAGACUCUGCAGAUGAACCGUUCGCCCAAGUACCACUCUAUUGAGAGUUAUCCUGGGAAGUUUCCUGUCAGUGAUCAUUUGGAGUACAGUUUUCUUGCUACUGCUCAUGCUAUUCAUGGCCGUGGGACUACUUCUGUUCGGCCUUUUUCUGAUUAUUAG